AGGAGCGAUGCGGAGACAAUAGGACUGGAACUAAAGAAGCCUGCGAAAGGGCUAGCGGUCGGCCGAACAGGGAGCAUUUACCACUAGACCAGGUGUCAAUAGCACAAUAAGGAGAAUUUGAAUGCCGACGGCAAAGAUACAUUUUUACAUCAAACCGUAAAGCUAUGCGCUACUGUCAUCCUCAAGAUUUGUUAUUUUUGUAUCUGUCUUUUGACUUGGUUGACUUCAGAGCCCUUGCAUGUUGGACGGAUUGAAUGUGACACAAGCCGUUAGCCACCCCUCUUGUCCUGCCCGUGAGUCCGUCCCCUAAACCUGUCCCCCUGUUCUUGUCCGUCCCCUAACCCGGUCCCCAGUAUGAGUUCGUCUCCGCUGGGUUCCCGUGGCAACAUGGACAUUCUGGAGGAGCUGCAGCUGAUCGCAGCACAGAACCUGGAGAGGUUAGAGGUCAACAAGUAUUAUGAGGUCAUCAGGGAGCUUGGCAAGGGCACUUACGGCAAGGUGGACCUGGUCAUACACAAGAUCAGAGGCACCAAGAUGGCCCUGAAGUUCCUGAGGAAGAAGACGACCAAGCUGAAGUCGUUCCUGAGGGAGUACAGCAUCUCUCUCUACCUUUCUCCCUGUCCCUUUAUCAUUAACAUGUUUGGGAUCGCCUUCGAGACUGACGACUACUACGUGUUCGCCCAGGAGUAUGCCCUGUCCGGGGACCUCUUCGACAUCAUCCCUCCACAGGUGGGUCUCCCGGAGACAGUUGCUAAGCGCUGUGUGCACCAGGUUGCCAUCGCCCUGGACUACCUUCACUGUAAGAAGUUGGUGCACCGUGACGUCAAGCCCGAGAACAUCCUCAUCUUUGACCGCGAGUGCCGCAAGGUCAAACUGUCCGACUUCGGCAUGACGCGCCGCGCUGGCUCACCAGUCAAACGGGUGAGCGGUACCAUCCCCUACACGGCUCCGGAGCUGUGCGACACGUCUCGCCAUGAGGGCUUCUGCGUGGACUACAGCACGGAUGUGUGGGCCUUUGGCGUCCUCCUCUUCUGCAUGCUGACCGGUAACUUCCCCUGGGAGAAGGCCCUGCCCUCCGACUCCUUCUACCAGGAGUUCACACGCUGGCAGAGACGGCGCACGGGCACCGUGCCCUCGCAGUGGCGCCGCUUCACUGAGCAGGCCCUCCGCAUGUUCCGCAGGCUCCUCUCUGUGGAGCAGGACAGACGCUGCUCCGUCAAAGAGGUGUUUGGCUACUUCAGCCACAGCUGGAUGCUGGAUGGAGACAGCAACGGGAACGGAGGAGGGGGCGGAGAGAGAGAGAGGGAGAGAGGAGGGGUGAGGGUGGAGGGAGACGGGAGCAGUACAUCGUCCUCAUCUGGAGAAGAGGAUGAGGAGAUGCUGGUGGAGAGGAUGAAGCAGCAGACUCUGUCUCCUCUCUCUCCUCCGGUGUCUGUGGAGAGGGGCACUGGGGGGACAAAGGCAGGGAUGACGGAGUCAGGUGGAGGACACCAUUUUGUGUCUGUUUCUACCACCAGCUCUGUGCCCUCGACUAACAGCUAUGACCGCAUGCCCAGAGACAGCAACAGCAACCAGCCCCCCGGACGCAUACUGGUGGCUACGCCUAUAGAGAUCUGUGUCUGAGAUGUGUGACGGACCUGGGAAGGACUGAGAUACUGUGUACAGUACACAGACGUGCACACAGACACCUACACUCAUAUACACACACAUAUCCAUACAUUCAAAUCAGUGGAGGCUGCUGAGGGGAGAACGGCUCAUAAUAAUGUCUGGAAUGGAGUAAAUGGACUGGUAUCAACAACAUGGUUUUCAUGGGUUUGAUACUGUUCCAUUCACUCCAUUCCAGACAUUAUUAUGAGCAUUUUGCAAAGGGAAAAGGGAGCAACUCAAGACAUUACUGAUGAUUCCCGUUGGGGUCUAAAAUGAUCCAGUCAGAGAUCUGUCAUUUGACAGACACAACUAAUCUUUAUAGAGACUGCAAAGACUCAAUGAACUACAUACUGAACGAUCAGCCAACCAACCAACCAACCGACAGAUGGACAGACCAACCAACCAUGGAGAGGUUGAAAAACACAUUGGUGAUAUGAAAUGCUGGUAUUCAGAUUGAAGAUAUAAUAUAUUUCCCCCUAAAAAAAGACUACAGAAGUGAUGUGCGGGAACCAUUUAUGACAAAAAGAGAUGGAGAAAAGAGAGGGAUGUUCUUUUGGUUGAAGCUGAUAGAAUUGCCGCCUCAAUGAAAGAAUAUCAUCAAAAUUAAACAGCAGUUUUAUGUUUACUGUAAUGCAAUGUGAACUCUGGUACAAAGUGUGUGUGUGUGUGUACAGUACGUGUGUAGGUGUGUGUGUGUGUGUAACAGUACGUGUGUAGGUGUGUGUGUACAGUACGUGUGUACAGUACGUGUGUAGGUGUGUGUGUGUGUACAGUACGUGUGUAGGUGUGUGUGUGUGUACAGUACGUGUGUAGGUGUGUGUGUGUACAGUACGUGUGUAGGUGUGUGUGUACAGUACGUGUGUAACAGUACGUGUGUAGGUGUGUGUGUGUGUAACAGUAC